CCAUCUCCCUCUCCGUUUUGCUCUGUUCGCCAAGUUCUUUCUGCUGCACGAGAUAAAACCCAUCGAGGAGUUCGAGAACCCUAGAUGCACCCACGACGGCCUCAACGCCUGAAAAUCAUGGGCUCCAACAAGCGGCUCUAGGAGAUGGAGGUUUCGUCUUGCUCCUGCUGUACACUGCUCUUACCUUCACUUGCAUUUCCUUCUGCUUCCAGACAUUGAUGCUUAACUGAACCUUGGGUUUCCUUUUGAUGCAUGCAUGUGUGAUUGGCAGGACAGCUAGUUCUCUCAACUUUUGAACACACAAAAAAAAAUCAUGAUUCCUAAGUAGUGUAGAACACUGAUGUACCAACUGCUGGAGUAACACUUGAAAGGCAUAAUAUUAUUAGAUCUAUAUGUUGAGCAAAAUCUUUGAAACAGAUUAAGCAUAGAGAUUUCCCGAAAGGAAAGGAUCUUACUCCACUUUUAGUAUACUCCUGCCAAUGAAAUUAUCCUUUAUCAAUGAAGCGAUCUGUUCUGUUCUUUGAGAGUCAUUUUCAUGUAGCAUUGUACAUCACUGGUUGCUACAGUUCUUGUACUGUUGUACAGGUUUUGGAAAUUGCUGACGAUGGGAGGAGUGGGAGGAGCCGGGCCAUCGGGAGGUUCUUGGCAGCGGCGGUGGAGGAGGCCGGCGCGCAGGAGGACGGCAUGCUGCUGCCCAAGGAGGGGAGUGAGGCGGCUGGGAGGUACCCGCUGUACCUGUCCAAGGAGGUGCCCGAGGACGCGGCGCUCCCGAUCACCGUGUUCGACCGCCAGCUCGUGCUCUUUCUCACCUCCAUGGGAGAAGAAGGCCAAGGAGGAGAAGGCCAAGAAGCUGCAGGCCAAGAAGUCCAAGAUGAAGGGAGCUCGAUGAAGCUUGGGCGUUGGUGAGGGCUCCGACGGUGGUGGUGGUGGUGCUGGGCUGGUUGUGGCCUCAUGCGUGGUAGGAGGCUAGGCUGGCCCUUGACUUCAAUAGUCUAACUACCUCCUUGGCUCCUGCCUCUGCACCACAAAUCUCUGGUGAACUCCAGUGAACUCUUGGGGCUACCUUCUUCACUCUGAUCACUCCAAUCCCCUAUACCGUGAUGGCUUACUCUUCAUGUCUUGAUGUGGUUCUCUGCUUAGUGUAGCUGUAUUAGACUCACUAUGAGAUGUCCACUCUUGUUUGGUUAACAAACAUGAACUGUUAAGUCACCUAUUCAUGGCUGUUGCUUUUGUUCAGUAUAUAUGUGUGCUUUCUGAUUUGUAAGCAUAGGUGGUUAUAGGUUGUUGUGAUGAAUAUAAAUGUUAACAAGUGCUCAUGCAUGGCGGUAUACUAGAGCUAGUUGUAUGUGCUCAUUACCUUCUUGUUGUCACUUUCUCAGCAUCAGUCCAAUCGAAUCCAGCCCAAUGAAUCUAAGCUGCUCGUUUAGUUCUCGCCAUCGGUGGUAGCCAACAACUAACCGAUCUUAGUUGCUGCCGGUUGUUUGGCAUCCUAUGUAUUUUUUGCUGCUAGUCUCAGAAAUAAUGCAUGAAUGGCAUCAAAACUGUUUCAUGCUAUCUCUCGGGCAAAGUAGAUGCUAGUUUAAUUACUAUCUGUACAUCAUCAGGUCUACUUGAUGCAAGUUUCUAUUUUUUGUUUGUCUCUCUUUGACAUAUUGCCUUUUCUUUUUGAA